AUGCAGUUUGAAGGCUCGAUCACGACAGAUGGCACCUCGGUGUCAGUUUACUUGAAACAUCCUGAAGCUGACAAGUAUGGAAAGCGCAGCAGCGGAGGGAAGAAGUCAGCAAAGACCCUAGAAGCUGAGGUGAAGGCAGUAUAUGUGGAGAACAACUUGCCUGCCUGUCGAGCAGCAGAGAAUGUCAUCGUUAUCAACCCAAACAAGCGCGACAUUCUCUACUGCCAAGACAGUAAUGGCAUGACAUUUCGCUACACUGCCAACCAGCGAGCCGUGGAGACUGGAAGCCGUCAAUUUGCAAAAGAACGGCAGCAGAUGAAAGCCGGCAGUAUUGACCUCAUAGAAUCAUGA